UCGUUAUUUCUAAGAUUACGAUAUCUCCUGCCUAAACAAAACCUUCUUAUUUCUCUCCCUCUUCUUCUCAUUUCACCCAAUUGACGAGAGACGAGAAGAAGAAGAGAAGAAGAAUUUCCAGGUCUUUUAUAAGUUACACCAACGGAAAUGAGUGAAGCCAACUCAGAAGAAGCUGAACAAAUUCAGCAAACUCAUACACCUUUGUUAAGUGGGCUUCCAGAUGACAUUGCCCUCUUCUGCUUGGCUAGAGUUCCACGGAGGUACCAUACACUUCUUAAAUGUGUGUCUAAGAAAUGGAGAGACUUAGUUUGCAGCGAACAUUGGGUAUCUUACCGUCAAAAGCACAAUCUGGCAGAGUCUUGGAUUUAUGUGUUGUGUAGAGACAAGGCUGAUCGGCUUGAACGAGCUUGCUUAUAUGUGUUGGACCCCAUUUCAUUAAAGCGAUGUUGGAGACUUGUACCUAGUCUCCCGGAUCCGUGCUUGAAAAGGAAAGGAAUGGCUUUUGAAGUGUUAGGAAAUAAAGUGUGCUUGUUGGGGGGCUGUGGUUGGUUUGAAGAUGCUACAGACGAAGUCUACUGUUAUGACGCUUCAAGAAACACUUGGGAUAGCGCUGCUCCUUUGUCGACUGCUAGGUGCUAUUUCGCUUGCGAGGCUUUAAACGAGAAACUCUAUGCUAUUGGAGGGGUCGGUUCAAAUUUAAGCGAUCCACAUUCCUGGGAUAUGUACGACCCAUCUAUGAACAGUUGGACCUCUCACUCUGAUCCAAAUAUUGUUCCUGACAUUGAAGAAUCAUUCAUCUUGGAUGGGAAAAUAUACAUCCGCUGCGGUGUUUCUUCUACGAUGCCUACAAAUGUCUAUGCAGUUGUAUACAAACCUUCAAGUGGCACCUGGGAGCACGCAGAUAAAGAUUUGGUUUCAGGCUGGUCAGGGCCUGCAAUUGUUGUAGAAGGUAAUCUCUACGUGCUUGAUCAGAGUUCUGGUACCAGAUUAAUGAUGUGGGAAAAGAAGAGUAGAGAAUGGAUUGCUGUUGGAAGACUUUCACCAUUACUGACAAGACCACCUUGUAAACUCGCUGCAAUUGGCAAGAGCAUCUUCGUUAUCGGAAAAGGCCUAAGUACGGUAGUGUUUGAUGUGUCUAGAGCGGCAGGAAAGGUAGGUGGAGUGAUGGUGAGCUCUUCCAUUCCUAGAUUAGCUGGUGAUGAUGAUGUUAUCUGUUGUAAAGUCUUGUCCAUUUGAAGAACACCCUGUCAAAAUUUCUUUAAACCCUACUGAACUGUUAAAUCUGUUUUCUGUAUUUACCAUCGUUCCCCUGUAAUUUUAUCGAAGGGUUAUGUAACAUCAUGCUGGUUUAUUUCUUAAAGAUCGAACAUUCGUGUAUCUUUUCUUUCCAGUUGAAUAUCAUUUCCAUUAAACAACA